AGACUCUGUCUUUUGAUGCAAGUUCAACUGCAGCUGCAACUGCAGCUGCAACAGCAGCUGCCUCCGCGAAGAUCGCAACUGAAAUACCGUUUCCAAACAUAUUAACACCAUCAUAUGCAGCAUGCGAUAUCGACGAAUUCGGUUUUGAAGACUCUUGUUAUUACAUAAGUACCAAUUCAGGAUCUUGGGAUGCCGGAGUUACAGAAUGUUCUAGUUUGGGUUAUUAUCUUGCUGAAAUUGAUAGUUUUGAUGAACACCAAUCUAUUAUUAAUUAUAUACAAGGCGAUCCUAACUUGAUUAAUGAAAAUAAACUGUGGGUCGGAGCAACAUCUCUCCCUGACGGUAUCUGGCAUUGGAAUUCAGGGACCAACCUAACGUACACUGACCUGUGGAUUGCAGGUCGACCAGUAGCUGGUGGGGGUCGGGAGUGUGGUAUAUUGGAAAGCAAAUCACAAUAUAAUAUGAAAGAUAUCAGAUGUAACACGAAUAGUCUUCCUAUAUGUGAAAGAAACCAACAACCAUUAAUUAUACAUAGCACUGUCAACCCUACAACACAGUUUCAAACUACCGGCAAAGAAUUAACAACAGAGGCAACUACAACACCACUCACAACAGGAUCAGCUAUAGCUUCUACUGCGAAAUCAUCACCGUUAUACACCACGGAUGUAGAAGUACAAACUCGUGCAAAUAAUUUAUCAACAACUCUGACUUUACUUACUGCAGCUGAAACAACAGGAGGUUACAACACAACAACUACGUUUGGUAAUACGACAGAAGUGACUAACGAAUCCACAAGUG